GCGGUCAACUUGGAUACUUCGCAGAUAUUUUAAGAAGUUUGGAUGUUAUACAACAGGAAGAUAAUUCCUCUUCUGCACUAGAUAACUGGAAAAKGCAUUUGGAUGUUGUCCCUUCUCGUAAAUUGUUUUGGAUAACAACAAGGAUGGCCCUCGUACUGGGAGUCGGAGUUGGUUUGUUUGUGUUGAUUUUUCUGUGGGUUUUGGGUAUCAUUGGAUGUGUUGCGUUAUCAAGAGCCACAGGAGGACUGAAGAAUGCAGUUUUUGGAAUUGGUGUUCUUCUCAUUAUCAUAACUGUCAUAAUGCUGUUGUAUCCAAGGAAYACAAAACAAGAAGAACUAGCUGGUAAUACAGCCAGGAAGGUGGAAGUUGAUACAAUGAUCAUCCCAAGGACAGUCCUAUUUUCAUUUUCAUGCAUAUUUGCUGUUGUUGCUUUUGUUUUUCUUCUUAUAUUCCACUGGAUGGAUCCUAUUUAUUCACCUGCCUUYUCAUCCAGAAAAACUUAUUCAUUCUAGAUUAUCAGGUCUUAAGUAAAAAUGUGUAAAUAAGUUUGUUUUAUGAGCUAUAGAAAUGUAAAUAGAGAUUAAAAGAAAAUGUUAACCAAAGAUAAAGGUGUUCAGGUUUUUGAGAAA